CCUCCCACUGCUGUCUUGAUUCCAGGGUUCGACUGCAUAUCUGACGACCUGGGCACCACGCUGCCAGCGGUGGCUGAAGAGCUUCUCCGAGAGAUAAAGAAGGCUUUCCAGGAGACUGCGCAGGUCCCUGAUGAACUCCUGCUGGCGCUCAAGUUUGUGUUCGGCCCAAUUGCUGUCCCAGCCUUGGACCUGGUGGACCAGCGCUCGGUGACCCGCGUCGUGUCCCCCAGCGGACGGGCGGCGUACCAGGUGCUGGGGAGCUCGGGCAGGCUCUACACCUGCUACGCCGCCUGUCACUUCUGCACGUGCCCAGCCUUUGCCUUCUCCGUGCUGCGCAAGGCCGACAGCCUGCUGUGCAAGCACAUCCUCGCUGUCUACCUCAGCCAGGCCACCGGCGCCUGCCAGGAGCAAACUGUCUCCGACCAACAGCUGGCGAACAUCCUGCUGGCGGAGGAAGACGAGGAUGGAUGAAGGACCCACUCUGUGCGCUAACACCCACCUGCAAGCACCUGUGGUCCCGGUGGCGCGUGCGCGUGAGCUGCCUGCCCCGCUCCAAGCUGAGCAAGCACGUAUCAAGGCUGCCAGUUCUCCUCAGGAAUUGGAGGCGGACUGGCAGCGCAGCAGUCAGCCCGCCCGCCCGCCCGGGCCCAGGUGCUAGUCGCACUGUUAAUAAACCUACCUGAGGAGCUGUGUGC